CUGGCUGAGCUGAGAGGUGUUCCUCGUGGCCUUUAUGAUGGACCAGUCUGCGAAGUUUCAGUGACACCGAAAACUGUCACGCCAGCCUCUUCGGCCAAGACAUCUCCUGCAAAACAGCAGGCCCCGCCUGUUAGGAACCUGCACCAGUCUGGAUUUAGCUUGUCUGGUGCACAGAUUGAUGAUAAUAUCCCACGCCGUACUACACAGCGCAUAGUGGCGCCACCCGGAGGCCGUGCCAAUAUCACCAGCUUGGGUUAAAAAAGAUUGGGGCGGGCGGGAAGAAAAUGUGUCCGCUUAACGGGUCACGGGAGAGGGUGGGGCAGUUGGAGACCCUUUUUUUGCUUCUUUUAGAGCCUGUGAUGGUUACGGCGG